UGGCGGGAGGGCGGGUCGGAAGUGACGGCGUGAGGAAGUUCCGUCCCGUUUGAAAGGGCCCGGCGGAGCUGCUGGUGGCCUUUUCCCGCCGCCCGGGCCGACGUGGCUGCCCUCGACAUGGAUCCGCAGCCCGCAGGAGCAGAGCCAAUGACUCUUGGCUCCCCGACAUCUCCAAAACCAGGAGCUAGUGCUCAGUUUCUUCCUGGAUUCUUGAUGGGCGAUUUACCUGCGCCAGUGACUCCGCAACCACGUGCUUUAAGCGGCCCUUCAGUUGGUGUAAUGGAAAUGAGGUCUCCACUACUUGCAGGAGGAUCUCCCCCACAACCAGUAGUCCCUACACAUAAAGAUAAAAGCGGUGCUCCACCAGUUAGGAGCAUAUAUGAUGAAUUAUCUAGUCCAGGACUUGGAUCAACGCCUCUAACCUCAAGACGACCAGCCAGCUUUUCUCUAACACAGAGCCCAUUGGUUGGAACUAUGCCAUCAACUCCUGGAACAGCUUCGAGUAUGUUCAGUCCUGCAAGUAUUGGGCAGCCUAGGAAGACUACUCUAUCUCCUGCUCAGCUAGAUCCUUUUUAUACUCAGGGUGAUUCCCUGACUUCAGAAGAUCAACUUGAUGACACAUGGGUAACAGUAUUUGGAUAUCCUCAAGCAUCAGCUUCAUAUAUUCUUCUACAGUUUGCUCAGUAUGGAAACAUAUUAAAGCAUGUGAUGUCCAACACAGGAAACUGGAUGCAUAUUCGAUACCAGUCUAAGCUUCAAGCCCGGAAAGCCUUAAGCAAAGAUGGAAGAAUUUUUGGUGAAUCUAUCAUGAUUGGUGUCAAGCCAUGUAUAGAUAAAAGUGUGAUGGAAAAUUUUGAACGGAGCUCUACAUCCUCAAUUUCUUCAGUUUUCACUCCACCUACAAAAGGUGUCAGCACACCAGUACAACCUGCAAAGAUUUCUACAAUGAGACCUCUUGCAACAGCAUAUAAGGCUUCCACUAGUGACUAUCAGGUGGUUUCUGACAGACAAACUCCUAGGAAAGAUGAAAGUAUUGUAUCUAAAGCAAUGGAAUAUGUGUUCGGCUGGCUUUGAAGAAAACAACCUCUUCUGUAGUUCGUUACCUCUUAUAGCAAGUGCUGACUUGCCAAGCCAGAAGAAGGAGAAGGAACAAUUCAAAGCUCUGGCAGACUUCCAGCUGGUACUGAUGCCUGUUUAUAAUGGAUCCCAAGUUUUGAAGGCUUUCUGUAACGGCUUCCACUUGGAGGUUGAUACUUUUUAAAAAUCAGUGUAAUUCCAUUGACCAGAGUGCUCUCAUGCCAGACAAUGAGAAGUAAAUUUUCUGGAGUCUGUGAAACUAUGCUGACAUGGCAUCUGACCAGAUGUACUUGGUAACAGCUCACAAAUAGGGUAUUAAUUAGAAGAGCGUGUCAGAUUUGAUAACAAAGAAAAGCAGAAAUAUUUGCUCCUCUCCAGACAGGUUGAGGAGGUGUCUAUGACUCACAUGAGGUUGUAGUGGCACAAUCAGAGAAAGGGUCCUAAAAGCCUACCUCUGUGUCUGUAACCUGCAAAAAGAAAAUCAGCUUCAACCUUGG